AGACUUCGGUCACCUACAAGUCUAAUCAAUUGGGCAGUACUAGAGGAAGAAGAGGAGAUGACACUAGCUACCUAACAUAACCAAACUCUUUAAACAAGUUCAGUCACCUAGAAAAUUCCAAGAAAUUUUCCUGGGAAAAUAAAGUUCGAUAUCGAAUGAUCAUAGCAUUAUUAUGGGGUUUGGGGUAGGAUAAUUAGUCUCUUUCAGUUCCCAGGAAUAUUUACAUUGUUUUGUUGUUGUUACUGGUUAUUUGCCUGUUGCUGUUAAAGCUUUCUCUUUCAUGGCUUCUUUUUGUGACACUUGAAAAGUUUUCAGAGAAAAGAAAGAAGGAAGCUUUAAGGUAUCUUAAAGCUGAAGUUAUUUGGGAUUUUUUUGGUGCAAUGGGUUUGAGUAGUAGACCUCAAAAGCCUGUCAAUGGAGUUCCCACUAAAUGGGUGUCUCUCUUUUGCUUUGCCAGUUUCUUCUCAGGUGUACUUGUAGUCAACAGAUUUUGGGAUAUUUUGGAUCCAGUUAGAACCGAGGGAGAGGCUUCUUCCGAGCCGAAACAUCCGAUGAUCAAUUGCGAUAAGGAUGGUUCCGUUCACGCAGGCAAUGUUCUUUCCCGAGUUUCGCAAACCCGCAAUGUAAUCAAGGCAUUAGACAAAACAAUCUCCUCAUUGGAGAUGCAGCUAGCUGCAGCUAGAGCUGACAAAGCAGAUAGUGAGGAAGGAUCUCCGAUGGUUACGAGAUCGAGAACUUCCGGAUUGAAUAGACGCAGGAAAGUAUUCUUUGUUAUGGGAAUUAUUACGGUGUUAAACGGUAGAAAACGAAGGGAUUCGAUCCGGGAGACUUGGAUGCCUCAAGGGGAGGAAUUAAAGAGGUUGGAGGAAGAGAAGGGAAUCAUAAUUCGAUUCGUCAUAGGACAUAGUUCAACCCCGGAUGGUUCUUUGGAUCGUGCUAUCAAUGCGGAAGAAGAGCAACACAAGGACUUUUUGCACCUGAAUCAUAUUGAAGGUUACCAUGAACUGUCAUUGAAAACUCGAAAAUACUUUUCGGCAGCGACAGCAAAGUGGGAUGCCGAGUUCUAUCUCAAAGUCGACGACGAUGUACAUGUAAAUCUAGGUACGGUGAGUUCUACACUAGCUCGUCACAGAUCGAAACCCCGUGUUUAUAUCGGUUGCAUGAAGUCCGGACCUGUUCUGGCACAGAAAGGUGUUAAGUACCGUGAGCCGGAACAUUGGAAGUUCGGAGAGGAGGGAAACAAGUAUUUUCGGCAUGCAGCCGGACAAAUAUACGCAAUCUCCAAAGACUUGGCCAUCUAUAUCUUAGUCAACCGGCACAUACUUCAUACGUAUGCGAACGAAGACGUCUCCUUCGGCUCCUGGUUUAUCGGUCUCGAUGUCGAGCAUAUAGAUGAUAUAAAUCUAUGCUGUGGUACCACUCCCCCGGAUUGCGAGUGGAAAGCUCAGGCUGGGAGUCCGUGCGGUGCAUCGUUCGAUUGGAGCUGCAGCGGCAUUUGCAAGUCGACGGAGAGAAUGGAGGAGGUGCACCGGCGUUGCGGGGAGGGCGGAAAAUUACGUCCAAAUCGAAUUACUUAAAUGACUUUCCAAAUACAUCCUUAGAACGUAAAUAAUGAUACGGUAUAAUUUGAAAGUCAUCAAAGUUAAUUAUUCGUGUAAGCCCUCAAUCCUCAACCUUGUGUGAAAAUUGAAAAAUGUAGUUGAAGAAGAUUGUAGAUGAAAAAAGAGUUAAUUGCACCAC